AUGGCUGAUGACGUGAAGCUGAUAUUCCUGACCAUAGAGACUUUGUUAAUCAAAAAGGAUCAAGUCCAUAAAGGCAUGCCUCUUAGGGUUGAUGUUUCCUCUGACCUCUCAGCUGUCAAAGCUGACGUCAAUGAUGUGAAGGAACACCUUUCUACUGUGCAAGCCAUUGUACACACCAACGCUGAGGCUAUCUCUGCUCUAAACAGCAAAGCCAAUGAAGCGAAUGCUCAGCUUCCAGGCAUGGAAGGGGAGAAAGAUUUGGAUGUUGUUGUUGCUAUUGUCCCUAGAACUGAAGUUGAAGCUGAUGCUCAAAGAGCCGAAGCUAAUGAAGAUGAGGUUAUUGAUGAUACCAUCACUACCAAUGAAGCUAAUGAAGCUGAGGUUGUUGAUGAUACCAUCAGAGUUGAUGCUGAAGCUUAUGACGAAGACCUUCCUAUCACCCCUACAGCUGAUGUUGGUGAUGAAGAAGAUGAAGGUGAAGAUGAUGACGAUGAAGAUGACUCUCCAUCCCUUCCUGGCGCUAGAAAGGAUCUUGCUGGUGAUGAUGAUGAAGACGAUGAUGACGACGACUUCACGAUUCAGUACCACAAACUUGCCAGCGCUUUGAAAGGAGUCUUUCUCAGGGAUUCUUAA